AUGUCAGCGUUUCGCCAUCCACAAUCUACGCCGUUACGGAUUAUCAAUUGGCAGGAUGAAGCUUUACAAAAGGGUCAAAAGGUUCUUGAUUACAGCGAAAUAGAACUUACUUUGAAACUCUUUUCGUACUUUGCCUCUUCAACGAAAACAUUCCAGAGUCAACCCGACUUUGCCAUGAAAGCUCCAAAGCCACCUGAUCGACCAUUGGUCCCAUAUAUGCGAUACAGCCGGAAAAUGUGGUCAAAGGUACGUGCGGAGAACCCUGAUGCACAACUUUGGGAUAUCGGCAAGAUCAUUGGGCAAAUGUGGCGUGAUAUUUCAGAUGCGGACAAGGCAGUCUACCAACACGAAUAUGAAAUCGAAAAGGUCGAAUAUGAGAAGGCAUUCAAAGCCUAUCAGAACUCUCACGCCUAUCAACAAUAUGUUAAUGCCAAGACCCGAGCAAAAGCCAAUGAGAAAUCAUCACGCAGUCGUAUGGAAGUUGGUGGUGUAGUGAUUCAACCUGUUGAUGAGGAAGACGCUGGCAAUGAAUUAUCAUGUCGACGACUUGCUGCCGUUCGAUUUGAUCGUAAUCAUCGUCUUAUUGGAGAUCUCUUCUCACCAGCUGUUGUCACGGACACUCGAACGGUUGUGGCUCAAAACCGUAUGGAUAUGUUGCGAAAGCAAGCUCAGUCAUUAUCUGCGCAUCAGAGUAAAUUGGAGGAGGAACUAGUCAAAUUGGAAGAAAUUCAUCGGGAAAAGAAGCGUCAAAUCGAAAAGGGCAGUGAAGAAUUUGCAGAGAACCUGAAGAGGGUGUGUGAAGAGAAGCCCCAGCUAGACGAAGCGAAAUAUUCAGAACUGUUGGAAGAGAUGAAAGUCAAGUUGCUGGAUGCUUAUAAAGAGUAUAAAAAGAAGCAAGAUGAGAUCAAUGCGAGACUCGGUGAGGUUUUUUUCUUCAUCCCGUCGGCAAACGCUUAA